AUGCUGGAAAGAGUGAAACGCGGCACGUGCGGCGUUUGGACGUCGGUUGUUGCCGAAAGACGCCGCUACAGUGAGGAGAUCAAGCUCCGGUGAAACUCCGAUUGGAGCGGUGCCGCAUAAAAAAAAAUAGAGAGGGCUACCACAAGCCCAGCAUGUCCAGGUUGAUUUAUGCACAGGUUUCUCGUCGAGUUGUCGGACGGCGAGUACGCGCUGGAGCGCGCGCCGGAUGCAGUCGGCGGCUACUGUAUCCUGAGCUACACGCCGGGCCCGCCGGGCUACGUCAGCAUCGUCGUCGUCAAGCGGGCCGGCUCGGAUAACCAGGCCGGCCGCGGCUGCUGCGUCCAAUCGGCGGACGAGGCGCUCCUGCCGUCGAAGCCGUCCUCGGAGACGCUCCUUGAGUUCUCGGAGGCGUCGUCUUCUCCGGCGGCGGCGGCGUGA